AGUGGUGAAAUGGACAAUGAGCUUGUUCCCUCUUACUCUCAUAUUAGCUGACUUUGCCGUAUCUGCCAGUUUGACAACAGUUAUAUUCUGGGCUUUCCGACGACCGACCCAAGUGGUGAGGAAGAAGUCAAUCAGAGAUCCAAUCCAUCCACAUGAAAGGAAGCCGAAGGAGGCGGCAGCCAAGUUAACUGGAAACAAAACAAAAGCAAGCCAGCCAGCUGCAAAGCAAACAAUAAUAUACACAAAAUACUCUUGCCAAUUUAUCGAAUAAACAACAGAAGAAGCCGAGCCAGAGGAGAGGCCCCAUCGCAAGGAACUACUCCGUAAUCAAAGCGCCUUCCAAGAAACACACGUGAAACACGUACCGUACGGAACCAAGAAAACCAAACCCGAAUCCACACCGAAAUCCAGUGAGCAGUCGGCAGUGCAGCAUGGAGUUCGGUCAUGUUUGAGCGCUUUCGACUGAGAAACCUGAGUAGAACCUUCCGCCUCCGUGGAGGCGGCACUGAACUGGCGCGCGACAAGAAGAACCCGCAACGGCAGCAAUGCGUCACCGUCCUGUUCCUAGAUGACAUCACGCACACCUUUCGGAUCGAGAAACGUGCGAAAGGCGCUGAGCUGUUGGAUCAGGUCUUUCAGUAUCUCGAGUUAUCCGAAAGAGACUAUUUUGGUCUACUUUUCCCAGAGAAGCCGGACGAUGUUGUGAGAUGGGUCGAUGCACAGAAGCAGUUCAAAAAGCAAUGCAGCAGUGUUGGCCUGGACAACAAUGCCGUUCCAUUAUUACAAUUUAGGGUUAAGUUCUUUGUAAGCGAUCCGAGCCGUUUGCAGGAGGAAUUCACUCGCUAUCAGUUCUAUCUGCAGAUCAAGCGCCACAUUCUGCUGGGCAAGCUGCCAUGCUCCAGCAACACCCAGUGCUUGCUUGCCAGCUACACGGUGCAGUCCGAGUUGGGGGACUUCAAUGCAUCGGAGCACCAGGUGGGGUACCUCAGCGGCCUGCAGCUGCUGUGCGACCAGACGCCCGAGGCAGAGCGCAAGGUGGGCGAGCUUCACAAGCUGCAUCGCGGCCAGUUGCCAGCGGACGCCGAGUAUAACUAUUUGGAGCACGCGAAGAGACUGGAGUUGUAUGGCAUUGACCUCCACAGCGCCACCGACUCCAAUGGCAAGGAGCUGCAGCUGGGCGUGUCUGCGGUGGGGCUUCUCGUCUUCCAGCACUCGCUCAGGAUCAACACCUUCUCGUGGAGCAAAAUGGUGAAGGUGUCGUUCAAGCGCAAGGACUUCUUUAUCCAGCUGCGCCGCGAGCCCAGCGAGAACUACGACACCCUGCUGGGCUUCGGGAUGCUUAGCCACAAGCACGCAAAGGCACUAUGGAAGUCUUGCGUGGAGCACCAUAGCUUCUUCCGUCUGAAGCGGCCGCACCGCCUCUCUCGCUUUCUCAACAUCAGUCUGGGCAGCAAGUUCUACUAUUCCGGACGCACCGAACUACAGGCAGUGCAAGAGUCGAAGCAGCGCGGUCGCAUUCACAAGGUGUUUGUGCGCUCGCCCAGCAAGCGAUUCGUGGCCGGAGGCGGCGGCACAUCGGGUUCCUCGGGCGGCACGCCCUUGCAGCAGCACAGUGGCUCCGAGACCGCUACCUCCCACAAUGGUAAACCAUCCGCCGUCGCUGCUGGAGGCACCAUUCUGACUAUCACCAAGACGAGCGGCAAGGUCACCUCCAAGGGAACCGACUCGAUGCCGCGAAAGGCGUGGGAACAGCAGAGCGACGAGUACGACAUCCAACUCGAGGUGGGCUUCAGCGAGCAGUGCACGAGGCGCUUUGAGUCGGCCUCACCCUCCCCGUUGCCACCCGCCUAUAGCUCCGGAAAGCACAGUCCGAUCCUACUACCCACCACAAUCGCUGACGCUGUGGGCCAGCCGGAAAGUGGAAGCGACCUCAUAACCAUUAGGCUGCUGGCCGACGAGCACGGCCGGUAUGGAUUCAAUGUAAAGGGUGGCGUGAACCUUAGCCAUCCGGUCCAAGUAUCCAAGGUGGUACCGCACACGCCUGCAGACCGAUGCACACCUCGCGUUCGCGAAGGCGACGAGGUUCUCAUGAUCAACGGGCGCGAGGUGCAUGGCCUACGCCAUGAGCAGGUGGUGGCUCUAAUCCGUGAUUGCCGCAACACUGCCAGUGGCGAGCUCCUACUGACGGUGCGUCCCCAGAGCUCAAUGCCGUUGCAUCUGGAGGAGGAGCCGAUGUACCAGUACGUUCCAGAGAGCGACGAGACCGGAUCGCACUCAAAUUUGCUCGAUGGGGACGCUCUCUUUAACCAGAGCAUCCUUCUGCUCAGCGAUGGCCUGGCCUCUGGCGCUCUUCUGGCGCAGUAUGAACUCAUGUACCGAAAGAAUCCCGAUCUAGCCAUCACGGAAGCGCGUAAGCCGUCCAAUGCGCCAAAGAACCGAUACCGCGACAUAUCGCCAUAUGACUGCACACGUGUGUCGUUGGUCAACUCGCUAACCGGCGACUACAUCAACGCCAACUACGUGAACAUGGAGAUUCCCGGUGGUGUGAACCGAUAUAUCGCCACCCAGGGACCGCUAGCCAGCACCACCACGGACUUUUGGCGCAUGGUACAGCAGGAAAGCAGCCACUUGCUGGUGAUGCUCACCACUGUAAUGGAGGCCGGCCGACAGAAGUGCCAUCAGUAUUGGCCGGUGACCGGCGAGGAGCUACAGUUGGCCGAGGGCUUUUCGGUACGCUGCCUCAGCGAGAUGCCCGACGAAACGGGCAGCUUCGUUUUCCGCGAGUUCGUGCUGAACGACAAGCACGAGCAGCGACACAUCCACCAUAUGCAGUAUCUGGCCUGGCCCGACCACUGCGUUCCCUCCGAUCCCAACCUCUUCCUCGAGUUCACGGAGCGGGUGCGAAAUGCCCGCAAGCGCACGCUCCUUCAAGAGAUAGAAGAGAACCUCAAACAGAUGCGCCUGAUGAACGCGGAUGCGGAAGAUGACGAGAACGGAGGCCUGAUGAGGGAGCGCAAGUGUGCGGCGAGCAACGGAGCCACUCCCGAAGACGAAACGCCCGUAUCCACGAGUGUGCAUCAGUGCAUCAGUGCCGCCAAUCCACCUGUGAUCGUCCACUGUUCAGCGGGCAUUGGACGCACUGGCGUGCUCAUAUUGAUGGACACCGCCUUGGCUUUAAUGGAGGCCCGCGAGCCAGUGUAUCCCCUGGACAUUGUGCGCACAAUGCGCGAUCAGCGAGCCUGCAUGGUGCAGAAUGUGAGCCAGUAUCGCUUCGUGUGCGAGUGCAUCUAUGCGGCCUACACGAAAAUCUCUCGCAGCAGUGCGGCCAUCGAUGAUGACGAGGACUAGGACUAGAAUUACGACAAGGGGACAGCGACAAUCCAACCCAGCUACGCAAUCUACAAUCUUCCGCUUUACAACGCCCCAACAACAAACGAUCCGACUUUUUCUGAUAUCUAAUUCUAUCUUAACUGUUUAGUACCCGUAGACAUAUGAUUAAAAACAAUCGUAUAUCAUUACUAUUACCAACUCUAUAUAUAUAUUUAUAUAUUGUAUUAUCAACUCCGUUCAUAACUUACCUUUAAAUAUACUUCCACACAUUUAUCUCUGUUACACGCCGCAAGUGCUGCGCCGCAAGGAGAACGAUU